AUGUCCAUCGAAGAUGUGGGAGCCAUGAAAGCCCUGAGCGCGCCCCAAAAAUUGCCAGCCUUUGACAUCAAUUAUGAGCAAGGACAGACAGAAGUCCAUGGAAAUGACUGGACAUGGCGUCCUUUCGCCCGACGGCAAAAUCGUGAGAAUAAAUUGGCCGACGUCCCUGAAUGGUACUUGAUUGCCCGAUCCGCGCGACCUCAAUUAUCUCAGCACGCUGAUGCCCUCCUUUACGAGAUACACAAGCGCGAGAGAGGUUUGCGCGAGAAGACAUCUUAUGCUCAGAGGUGGGUAGAUGUGGAGCGACAAAUAACCGACCAGAUGCGUGCAGAACUCGAUGCCUUAGUGACAUUACAGAAACACGUCAAUACUUUCACCGUCUGCGACCCUGAAGUCAUCGCCGGUCUUUUCGCCGGCCUAGAAACCGAAGAAGAACGGCUAGCGGUUGUACUGGCGUCUCAUGUCAAAUUCCCAGACACCCAGUUCCGCCAAUCGUCAGAGGAGGCAGCAGAUUGCGAAGACGACGAUGCAAAUGAUGGUGAUGAGAGCGUCAUUCUUUACGGUCCCGAGGAACUCAAGGCAGACAAGAAGCGAAGAAGGACUGAAAAAAGACGGCGUCGCGAAGAAAAUCUCAAGAAGCACAAGGAAGGUCCGGCACCUGAAGCGACGACGCAGACGAAGAAACCACAAGAUGGAGGACCUGCAAGGCAACCGAACGAGCGGCAAAGACAGACAGACCGUGAGAGAAGCAAACGAUCACAAGCACCGGAACCCGAGCCCAGUGGGCAAGCAAGUCGCUCGGCGAGCCAGAGAGAGAAUUGA